CGCUGGCUGGGAGAGCAGACUUUCUGUGCUGGUUGAGGGCGCUGCAGGGCUGUGGUUGUGGUGAAGGUCGCCGUUACGCGGAGAUGCUCGCCGUGCCGUUUCUGCCGCUGUGGAGAGAGCGGCGCUCUGGAGCGCGUGCGGGAGCCCUCCCCGUAUGCCGUGUCUCGGCAGGAGCACCUUCGCCUUGUGGAGUCAAGGACGGCGUCUCCACAGGCAGAGUGGGACGCUGGCCCCAGGGCCCGGGUGGCCAGGUGUGCGUCCCGUACAAGCUCUCCGCUGCCUUCUACGACUAUGACGUGGAAACGAUCACAAGGGCGACACAAGAGUUUGAGAAGAAAACCUGCGUCUGGUUCAAACCACACGCAGGCGAAACGGACUUCAUUCACAUCCAGGACUUGGGCGGACCUCUCAGCAAGAGCUGGUCACUGCUGGGGAAGCAGGGGGGGGAGCAGCCGCUGUCCCUGGAGCCUGGCAAGGUGACCAAGGGCACAGUUCUGCACGAAUUGAUGCACGCGCUCGGCUUCCAGCACGAGCACUGCCGCAGUGACCGCGACAAGCACGUCUGGGUGGUGCCAGAGAACAUCAAGAAAGAAUGGAGAGAUCAGAUUGUGGACAUCAAAUCAAACGAACAGGAUUUGGCAGCGCCCUACGACUGCAGCUCCGUCAUGCACUACAGCAUGUUGGCAGGCUCUGUGGAUGAGCGCAAUCCAACGAUCAUCCCCAGGGACGUUCUGUCCAUGCUGCACAUGGGAGAGAGCAACACGCUGAGUUCCUGCGACGUGGUCAAGGUGCAGAAGCUGUACGGCUACGAGGCGGAGGUGCAUGCUGCUCCUGCAGCGGUGGUCCAGAGGAGCAGAACCUCAGCUGAUGAGGAGGCGCCACUGGACAGCCGUGUCGGCGUUUGGAAGGCGAAGACAAAAGAAGAAGUGGACGAGGAAACCGAGAAGAGAGGGCUGGAUUGGAAGGAGAAAACGGACCCACUUAGGAACCUCAUCAAGGAGCUGAUGGAGAUCCGCUGGUAUGACGCCUCCUCAGUGCCCCGCCUGCAGAGCCUGCUGGACAUGCUGUCUCAAGACCGCCCUGAGAAAGAGAAGGAGAUGCUGUUUAAAGUAUUAAUGCAAGAGGGGGGUCCAGGUAUGUUUUUAUUUUUUCUGGACAGCAAUUCAACUUGGGCUUUGAACUAAUAUAAAUACAGGGCAAAAACUCACAUUCAGAAAUAGCACUGCCUUCAAAGGACACGUGUAUAAAAGGUGACGUUUCGGGCAGUGGCCCUUUGUCGAUCCUAUCAAGUGCUAUGAAAAGAGAGCAUUGAGCUUAGCAUCGCCUAUCAUUCACUUUACAUUUUAAGGCAGUGUUAUUGUCACGUGUGUUGAGUUUUUUGUUGUUUGUGCUUGUGCCCCACUGCCAACACAGUAUCACCCAAUUAUUUGUUGAAAUCCAGAACAGGAAUAUGUCACAGUGAUGUACAACUGGGGAUCGGAAAGGGAUUGGCAGAAUGCGGAUGAACAAAAGUGAAGAAAUGUUCUCAUAAUUCAUAUGAAGGGGGGUUUUCCUCCCACUUGUAUAAACACUCAUUAUACAUUUUUUGAACACAUCUAAAAAUAAAAACGCA